AAUCCAAGUAGACAGGGUGACAUUUCUGCCAGAUAGAGAUGUAGGAAAUGUAGGAGAAUUUUCCUAGCCUGCCUGGACUGUGUGGUUGAGAGGUCAUUUCAAGCAAUUUAGCUGAUGUUAUACUGCAGUGAGUGUUGAAGAAAGCUUGGAAGACCAGAUUAUGCUAGCUAUGUUUAAAAAGGUAUCCGAGAUAUUAACUGUUAUUUGGUAUUGCAGUAUGAGGUUGGUUUAAAUGAGAAAUUGCUUAUUUUUAGUAAUACCUCAGUAAUGCUUUGUUCUUAACCUACUUCAGAAGUUGUCCGUGGAUAAACUUUCCGGUCUUGAUGCUGUAACUCAACACCCGGUUUGUUCCACCAUCUCUAGCUCUGUAUUACGAUCCCGAUAGACUAAUUCAGCCUGAUAUUCUCCACUAAAUCAACACAUGUGGCAUCUGAUGGAAUCUGUGGGAUUUGAUCUCACUCUUCUCAGGCACAUUAUUUUUUGCCUUGCAGCCCGGUGGAUCUAUCGAUUUGCAAGCGGACUUCCUGCUUCUGGUCUGCCAAAAAAGAAUUAGCUACGUGUUUCUAUAUGCUUUGCUACUGAGGCUUCAGAAUCCCUCUUAACCCAAGCCCCUGCUUACAUAUUGCUACCAUUCAUUUUUAUUGGCUUCACUAAAGUUGAAUUCCUCUAUCUUGAUUUUCCCUAAUUCAUUCUCCGAGCAGCUUGAAAGAAUUCCGCCGAAAACAAAACCUCAAAGCGCUCGUAUAAUGAAUUACUUUCAAACUAGACGCUAGAAAAGACAGAGGAGCAUUUAUCAGGAAUGCUUGUGGGCUCGGUGGUUACGAGCUUAAAAAAAAUACUCGGUGGAAAGCCUUUUGUCCCAUGACGGAGAUUUGAAAGGCUUCGGCUUCGGAUUCCAGCGGAGGCUCGGGCCUGUAAUCACGCCUGCAAUGUUCCCCCCUCAGAAGGCUUCCCGGGCAGCCAGCCGGCGCGGGGCUCGCCUGCAGCCCAGCCCCGUCACCUGUUGGGGCCCGGCCGGAGGAGGGCUCGGGGAAGCCGCCCGGCCCCGCCGCCCACCGCCCACCGGCCGUGAGGGGGCUCCGCGGCGGGGCGGGACGGCCGAGCCGGGCCGGGCCGGGCCGAGCCGAGCCGAGCCGCGUUGCCGGCCCAGCCUGGCGCCGCUCGCCCCGGCGCUGCACUUCCCGGCUGGGAGCGAGGGGAGCGUGUGCGGUGGGCAGGGACAAUGGAGGAGAAGGAAAGCCAGAAACUCGAGCCGUGCCGGGCUUGCUCCGCAGACGGCAGGCAGAUGAAGGGUGAGUACGAGCAGCGGGCAGAGAUGGAGUUAGGGGUAACCGUGCCCCUCGGGGCCGCCCGUGGUGUUGAAGCGUGGCUUUCUGCCGGUUUGCGAGCUCGCUGUCACGGGGGGAGCCGGGCUUCGCGGCGGAUCGCGGUGUAAAUCCCCCGGGGUUUGCACCGGAGCGAAUCCGGAGCGCGGCCGCCGUGGUUUACACGAGGGGUCAAAGCCGCCGUGCGCUCGCACAGCCGCUGUUGUGCCGGUGGAUCCUGCGUGGGGUAGCCCAGGUGGAGCACACCGCUCAGGUGGAGUGGCGAGUACCUGAUCUGAUCUGCACCGCUUCCAGGAUUUGUGGAGCACCUGCAUGUGCUCCCCGCAGGCACCUGAGACCAGGGAAAACACAGUUUGCAUGUAACAUCACUAGACGAUGCAGAAUGUCUCCGAUCUAAGGAUCUGCUUUCGACUCCAAACAGACACACUCCUAACUCCAAGUCCACCCGCAACAUCCCUCGAAGACAUACAGUAGGUGGCCCUCGCAGUUCCAAAGAAAUACUGGGAAUGCAAACCUCGGAAAUGGACAGAAAGAGAGAGGCUUUUCUUGAGCAUCUGAAACAGAAAUAUCCCCAUCAUGCUACAGCAAUCAUGGGACACCAGGAGAGACUGAGAGAUCAGACAAGAAGCCCAAAGCCGUCGCAGAGCCCACAGCCCAAUUUGGGUGACCAGACAGAGCAUCUAUCUGAAGCGUCUGCCGAUUCCUUAGAGGCCAUGUCUGAGGGUGAUUCUCCGACUCCCUUUUCGCGGGGCAGCCGCACACGGGCGAGCCUUCCUGUCGUGCGGUCAGCAAACCAAACCAAGGAGAGAUCACUGGGUGUUUUAUAUCUUCAGUAUGGAGACGAAACAAAGCAGUUGAGGAUGCCAAAUGAAAUCACAAGCACAGACACAAUUCGUGCCCUUUUUGUAAGUGCCUUCCCCCAGCAGCUGACAAUGAAAAUGCUGGAAUCGCCCAGUGUGGCCAUUUACAUCAAGGAUGAGAGCAGAAAUAUAUACUAUGAAUUGUGUGAUGUGAGGAAUAUUCAAGAUCGGUCUUUCCUUAAAGUUUACAACAAAGAUCCUGCACACGCAUUUAAUCACACUUCCAGAGCUGUAAAUGGAGAUAUAAGGAUGCAGAGGGAAAUUGCUUAUACGGGCCGAGACGGCCCGAGCGCUUCCCGCCCCGGAUCUGCCACACACCCUUCACAUGCGAUGCCCAGCUCACCACCCUCCACCCCGGUGCCCCACUCCAUGCCUCCCUCUCCAUCCAGGAUCCCCUACGGAGGGGGACGGCCCAUGGGUGUGCCAGGCAAUGCCACUAUCCCCAGGGACCGGCUCUCCAGCGUGCCAGCAUCGCGCUCCAUAUCGCCCAGCCCAAGCGCCAUUCUGGAGAGGCGGGACGUGAAGCCAGAUGAGGACAUGAGUAACAAAAACCUUGCCCUGAUCCGAAAUGAAGGUCUGUACGGGGACCCCUACUUGUUUCACGAGGGGAGGAUGAGUGUGGCCGCACCCCACACCGGACACCCCCUCGAUGUCCCCGAUCACAUUGUAGCCUACCAUCGCAGUGCCAUGAGGUCAUCAAGCACUUACUGUAACCCCUCUAUGCCGCCUGAAAUGCUGGAGCAGUCCUUGUACAGACAAAAGCCACGAAAGUACCCGGAGAGCCAUUUGCCCACGCUCAGCUCUAAAACGCCUCCCGCGUCCCCCCACCAUGUGGCUGACAUGCGCAUGAUCGAUAUCCAUCCUCACCAUAGCACCCACGUUCCCCCCCACACCAUCCAGCCUGACAGGUCUUCCCCCAGCCGCCAGUCCUUCAAAAAGGAGCCGGGACCGCCUGUGUUUGUGGAUGCCAAAGUGCGGAGCGCCCUCGGCCUCCCGGGCAUGGCUGAGGUGGUGCCGUCUCCCGUCGACAAACAGGCGUUCAGCUAUGGGUCACCUGCGAUGCCCAAGGACAAAGAGACAAGAGAGAGGAUACAAGCCAUGGAGAAACAGAUUGCCAGUUUAACUGGUCUUGUUCAGUCUGCGCUUUUUAAAGGGCCAAAUACAAGUAAUAGCAAAGAUGCUUCUAGUGAGAAGAUGAUGUUGAAAAUUGUGUCCAGCAAAAGCAGCGUUGACGCUACAGGCGCUGCUAACGUAUCUGGGGGGAAGAACACGUUGGCAACAGUGGAGUCAGCCAUCAUCCAUCACCCUGCCGGAGCCUCAUCGAUGCAAGUAAGCCUGCAUGGUAUGAAACGCAACGUGUCAGAUCUGCGGCUGCAGCUGCAUCAGAUGAAGCAACUACAGCUGCAGAACCAGGAGAUGCUGAGGGCAAUGGUGAAGAAAGCAGAGCUGGAAAUCAAUGGCAAAAUGAUUGAAACAGUGAAGAGGCUUGAAGAUCCUGUGCAGCGACAGCGCAACCUGGUGGAACAAGAAAGGCAGAAAUACCUCAACGAGGAAGAGAGGAUUGUAAAGAAAUUAUGUGAGCUGGAGGGAUUUGUUGAGGACCUGAAGAGAGACUCCACUGCCUCCAACAAGACAGUGACACUGAAAGAUGUUGAAGACGGAGCCUUUCUUUUGAGGCAAGUGGGAGAAGCUGUUGCCACCCUUAAAGGAGAGUUCCCGACAUUGCAGAAUAAAAUGCGUGCGAUCCUCCGCAUUGAGGUCGAAGCCGUGAGGUUCCUAAAGGAAGAGCCACACAAGCUAGACAGCUUAUUGAAACGUGUGCGCAGCAUGACAGAUAUCCUUACAAUGCUCAGGAGACAUGUUACAGAAGGACUGCUGAGGGGUGUGGAUUCCUCCCAAGCUGUGCAAUACUCCACUAUGGAAAAGGCCACUGCAACUGAAGCUCUGAAAAACCAGGAGGAGCCCAAGCAUACCCAGGGACAUGCACAGCAAAACCUCAUAGCAGUCACCUCAGAGUCCCAGGUAUCUUCAGUCAAGUCAGAAGUCGUCCCCUUCUCAACAAUGACGGUCCAUCAUGUGCAGAGCUCUCCUGUUGUCAUCCAUCAGUCUCAGCAUUCAUCAGCCUUGGUCAACCAUGCCCAGGGCUCACCUGCUGCACCCAGCCACAGUGAAGGCCUGCCAGUGAGCGGCCACUUCUCGGCCACCCCACCACCCCCCCCCCAGGAACCAGCAAUAGGAUCCCAGCACACACAAGGCAUGCCAUCACCACAGGUCAAUGGCAACACCAUGCAAAGUCUUUUCAUUGAGGAAAUUCACAGUGCAAGUACCAGAAACAGAGCUGUAUCAAUUGAGAAAGCAGAAAAGAAAUGGGAAGAGAAGAGACAAAACCUGGAUCACUAUAAUGGAAAGGAAUUUGAAAAGCUCUUGGAAGAGGCCCAGGCCAACAUAAUGAAGUCAAUUCCCAACUUGGAGAUGCCUCCCCAGCCAGCAGUCCUCCCUAAAGGGGAUACAGUGGAAAAACCUGAAGUCUCAGAAGAUGUUCCUGACACAGACCAGGAUAAUGAUAAACUGACCAAGUCCCCGCCUCCUCCACCUCCACGCCGCAGUUACCUGCCGGGGUCAGGACUGACCACAACGAGAUCGGGAGAGGUCGUCUAUACAGCCAGGAAAGAGGCUGCUGCUGUCAAGGAAUGCAGUGAAGAUGCUGGGCAAGUAGCACAAUCCAAAACCCCUAAAGAGGAUCAGACAUUGUCUCGGAACACAGGGCUUGCUGUAGCAUCUGCUGUAAAAGACGAAGAGGAAGAGGAAGGAGAUAAAAUAAUGGCAGAAUUACAGGCUUUCCAGAAGUGCUCUUUUAUGGAUGUAAACUCAAACAGUCAUGCUGAGCAGUCCAGAAAUGAUACACAUGUUAAAGACAUAAGGCCUGGGACUUUAAUGCAUCACAAGGAAAAGAAGGUGUAUGGGGCUACAACAGGAUCUCCCACAGAUAGUGACCAUCCUAAAGAGAAGAGGGAAGGGAAAACUGACGAAGAAUUGGGUUCUGAUUCAUCCAGCACAGAUGACAGUAAAAUUGGCUUUUCAAUGAAUGACAGUCCUACCUUUAGCAAGGGUUUGUUUGUAGACAGUAGAGACUAUUCUAAGAAAAACCUCCAGAAUACGAGCACAAACCUGUCUGGCGUCAGUUUGCCAGAGGACGAAAAACGAAGAGGGGCUCAAGAUAUUUUAGGAUCCCAUUUUCCAGCUGUCGAACCAGGAAAACAAAACCCGACCUACGGACUCUCACGAGAUGCUUGCCAGGCCCUGCCGCAGGGCGAAGCCCCGCAGAGCACGGGCAGGCGCGUCCCCGUCAGCAGCGUUGCUCCUCUGCCGAGGCACCCGCCGGAGGCUGUGGGACCCCCUCCUUCCGCACAGGAGCAAGAAGCUCCCGCAGCCACCAACAGUCAGGUCGUGCUGAGACCCAGGGUGGCGAGAAGUAACAGCACUGAAGAGAUGGACUCUCCGGCUAGCUCGCCGAGCGAGGACAGCCCUCCCCCAGAAAAUAUCGCCUUCAUGAUCACCAAAACCGCCGUCCAGGUCCUCUCGAGCGGGGAGGUCCACGACAUCGUCAGCCGGAAGGGUGGCGAUGUGCAGACGGUCAACAUCGAUGCGAGGAAGGACAUGGCAUCGGAGAAAGGUAUCCCAGAGAGCGCGGAAGGCGAGGAGCCCGUAGUCUGCCUGGACAAAAAGCCCGUCAUCAUCAUUUUUGAUGAGCCGAUGGAUAUCAGGUCAGCCUAUAAGCGGCUCUCUACAAUUUUUGAGGAAUGCGAUGAGGAGCUGGAGAAAAUGAUGACUGAGGAGAAGAUAGAAGAGGAAGAGGAGGAGGAAGAAAAUGAAGUGUGUGGCAUUUCUAAAAGCCAGAAGGAGGAGCCGCCGGUACUUAAUGACAGAAAAGCGAUCGCAGAGUAUUCGGCAGCUCACGGCCUCAGCGAGCAGUACGUGUUCAGCCUGCAGUCUUCCUCUGACACUGCAGACACCAGGUCUCCUGCAGAGCAGGAGAGCACAAAGUCAAAUUUCAGCAAAUACAGUCAGAUAUAUGGGCUGCACACCGAAGCAAACUCGGACUCUGCUGAUCAGUUUGGGAGCAGGCAGGAUUCCAAGAAAAAAUUUAAGUUUAAAUUCCCUAAAAAGCAGCUGGCUGCUCUGACGCAGGCAAUACGUACGGGAACCAAGACUGGGAAGAAGACCUUGCAGGUCGUGGUUUAUGAAGAGGAGGAGGAAGACGGGACCCUUAAGCAGCACAAGGAAGCCAAGAGGUUUGAAAUCACCAGGUCUCAGCCUGAGGACACCGACAGAAGUCCUCCCGGGAAGCAGGAGGCCCCCCCCGGCGCUGCAGUGCCCCUGUCUAGGACUGACGAAAUUCGGCAGAACACGUACCGAACGCUAGACAGCCUUGAGCAGACCAUAAAGCAGCUCGAAAACACCAUCAGUGAAAUGAGCCCCAAACCUAUCCCUGAAAGCACAUACAGCUCUGAGGGCAGCACUGUCCCCUUCUCUGCCCAGAUAGUACCAGAGACCCCACCCCGAGAGCUUGUAGUGCUGGAUGAGAGCCAUGCUGCUGUAGAGCCCCCUGCGCCCAUCCCAGCCACUGCACGUAAGGGCCCCGGCGCCGCCCCGCAGACGAGCAGGAUGCCGGUCCCCAUGGCGUCGAAAAGUAGGCAAGGAAGCACGGAGAAAGCAGGCAAACAGCACAAGCUGCAGGACCCACGCCAGUACAGACAGGCUAAUGGAAGUGCUAAGAAAGCUGGUGGGGACUAUAAGGCUACUUCCCCCACCCUACCUGCUUCUAAGAUCCCCGCCUUUUCUCCCGCUUCUGGGAAAAACAGCUCUGCCCCUGCUCCUAGCGGUGACAGCCCUAACCCCCCCAAUCCACCCGCUAAAACAUCCCUGCCCUCCUCUAACCUCCUCAGCCCCCAGACAGGGCGCAUAACGUACUCCACCUCCCUCAUCCCCUCUGUCGCUAACGGCUCCUCCAAGCUCCAGAGCCCCGCUCACGCAGGGAAAGGCCACCAGCUCUCCUUCUCACUGCAGACCCAAAACGGCCGGCCACCCCCUCCUUCCUCCUCUACCUCCCCUCCCUCCUCUACCUCCCCCACUUCACUGACCCAAGGUGUGAAGAGCAUCAGGACAAUCCACACGCCUAGCUUCACCAGCUACAAGGCGCAGAACGGCAGUGCCAGCAAGUCCACCCCGGCCAAGGAGCCAGCCUAAAGGCUACGCGCAGCGCACGUCCACCGAGGCUUUUUGGUCAAAGAGCUGCAGCCAAUAUCUUAACCAGGGAGCAUAACCAGUUUGUUUUUUUUUUUUUGUUUUUUUUUUUUGCUGUACUGCUGGAGGCUUAAUACUAAUCACGUGCUAAAUACUGAGUUACUACACUAGAUUAGCGUGGAGCUUUUUUUGUAAACCUUUUGUUGCUGUUGUACUGAUAACGGAGCGUUUUCUUCCUAUAGGCAGCACCUCUGACAAAAAAAAAAAGUGUGAAGGUGUGUGAGUGAACUCGAGUGCGUGUGCACAGCGGUGUACUGAGCAUGGGGAAACGUAUGGUGAAAAAUUUAGUAAGUUGUUUUGUAUAAAGCUAUUUUUCAUUAUGGGGACUAGACGUGAACAGAGAUAUACUAAAGUGUGAUUCUACACAACUGUAAAACAAACUAAAAUAUUUUUCUUUUAUUUUGGUGUUAUUUAGCUUUGUUACAGAUUUCUAUUUUUGUCAACAAAUGUCAUGGUUCCUUUCAAGAUCUUUUUGCCAAAACAUUUUGAUACUAUUGUAAUGUACAUUUGAAAGUAGUAUGCUGGACAGUAAACCUCUACACCAGAAACAGAACAAGACUGCUCUUAGUGUGUAUGAGGUAACUCAACCUAUUGCACUGCCAUUCAGAUUAUAUUUAAGAAUUUGCCAAGCCAAGAAAAAAAUAAAUUGUUUUACACAUAUAGAGGUAGUUGCUGAUCAGUUUGGUUUGGUUUGUUUUUUUUCUCCUUAGCUAAAUCUACCCUUUUCCUUCAGUUUUAUUUUACUGAGACCUGGUAACCCAUUAAUGUAUUGCAUUGUGGAUUUUAAAAUGUACACUUCUGUACUGUUCUGUAUACUGGCAAACUUUUGUACAUAUCUAUAUAUAUAUAUAUAUAUAUAAAUAAAUAAAUACUGUAUGUGGCUGGGCACAUAGAGUAGUUUUACCACACCAAAGUUAAUUUUUAUGCAUGCUUUCAAAAUAUAUAUGGGGAAGGGGUGAGAAGGAUGGGUAUCAGUCAAAUAGGAAAAAAAAAGCAACAAGCUUGCAUAGCUCAUGGUUUUGUAAAUAAAUUUAUUUGUAUAACACCAUAAUGUAAUAUACAGAACUAUGAUAAGCAAAGAUCUUUAAAAAAUAAAGGGCUGCAUGCUUAUAUUUUGUAUUUUGUCACUAAUAACUUUUAUAGUGGUCUCAAGUAGCUAUGUUUGCCUUAAAAAGAGAAACUAUCAGGAACAAGAUUGACUUUAUUUUCCCCAGAUUAAUGCCAGACAUCAGUAGUAAUUUCAAAACAGAGUGUUUAAAACUUACCUGGACAGCUAAUUCUGGAAUGCCAGGUUAGAAAGGGAGCAAGAAAAUAAAAAGCGUACCUGAGCUUUUGAACCGACUGAAUGAGGUAUCCAUCAUCUCACCGACCUAUUCUGGUUUCUCUCUGAGGGGGAAGCAGGAAUUUUCUUGAAACUCACCUCAAGGCUGAUCCCUUGGAGGGUGCUGCCCUUGCAGUGGGGGUAAUUAAAGAAUGUAAAUGUUAAGUCACGCUUCACAAACACGACACCAAGUGACUCCCAGCAGCAGUUAUGCUGUGCUAUAGCCACCACUGGCAUGGAGGUGAAGGGGACGUGCACACGGAGUGCAGGAGCAGGCUGAGAGCCCAGCACAAGCUGGGUGGCUCAGAACCGAACCCAAAAGUGUGUGGCACAAUUUAGAGCACUCUGCAGUACUGGAUUUCAGCCAGUUCCCUCCCAGACUCUACAAAAAAGCUGCUGAUCUGGUGCCCCAGCGAACCAAUACUUCCUGAAAAAUCCUAAUAUGCUGAUACCUGAUCCUCAGUGACUCCAUGCAAGCAGGGGAGUCCUAGUGUUGAUUGCCCCAACCCUUCUCCUCACCACAGCAGCACCUUCUCUGUAUCUCAACUAGGCACUGAAAGCAGUUGUGUAAAUGACUACGGGUCCCCACACAAUCAUGGAGCAUGCAGUUGAGGGUAAGGCCGUGCUGUACGCUGUUACUGCCAUCACGGAGCAUGCACAACAGCUGCUUCUGGCCUCAGCUACGCUGCAACGUGCACGUGCUCCAGCAGCAGCUUCAUUUUGUGCCUCUCGGUGCCUCACCCUGUGCUGGGGGGCAGUCAGGAAAGGCAGCCCCCAUUUCAUUCUGCACAUAUCUCACCACCACAGGCGCUGCUGUCAGGACCACGGGGCAGUGCUGUUGCCUUUUCGAGGUGACAGCAGCCUCAGCUAGGGACAAGAGCCAUCGCACAGCAAUGACUGCAACAGGAGACUGGCCGGAACUGUUUUAAAAAUCCAAAUGCUGUCACUACCAACACAGUUCAAUGCUUUAAUUAAUUCCCCCUUAGGUCUCAGCUUGGACCCAUUUCUAAUGAUUUGCAGCUCCAAGCAAUCUUCAGCUCUCAAGUCCUAUUCAAGCCCACUUGAAUACUUCGGAUGAUGAUUUUUGUUGUUGUU